CAGUGAUACAGAGAAACUACAACUCCCAUAGUGCCGUUCGCGCACGUGACUUGCCCCGUGUUGGUCAUGUGACCGGGCUGAAACAUGGCGGACGCAGCGAAGUCUCUGAGCGGUUUGUUGAACGGAAUCGUUCAGAAAGUUUAUUAUGAGAAAGAAGAGAUGACGGAGGAUCUGCUGAGGAGGGAACUGUUCCCAGAUCUGUCCGAGGAGGAGUUCAGGGUCCUGUUCGACAAGAUGAGAGGCCUGCUGAAGUCUAUUGCCACAGCUGACAUGGACCACGCCCAGCUGGAGGCCUUCCUCACAGCUCAGACCAGGAAGCAGGGCAGCGGGGGGGUGACCCCCGAACAGGCCGCCGCCCUCUCUCGCUUCUGGAAGAGCCAGCGAGUCCGUGUGAGGGAGAGUUUACUGGCUCAGAGCCGCUGGGAGCCCGGUCUCAGGGGCCUCUCCUGGAGAGUGGACCUCCAGGCUGCAGCCAGCCGGGCGGACGCUGCCCACAGCGGCCCAGUCGCUCUGGUGGAGCUGGAACUGGGCAGAGCUGGACAGGACUCUGAGUUUGUUUGUCUGGAGUUUGAUGAAGCCAAAGUCAACCAGAUGCUGAAGAAGAUGGCCGACAUUCAGGAGAGCGUGGACAGGAUCGUUCAGCACACCUGAGUGUGACGGUGUGGGACUGUCUCUCUCUCUGUCGUCCGGUUGGAUCUGCGUCAUCAAACACAAAUGAGCCAUGUUCAGACUCGAAGACCAGAACGGACUCGAUGUGGCUUUUGCCCCGGCCGACUAAAUAACUAAAUAUAUAUUUAUAACCCAGCCCUCUUCCAGAUUGGUUCUUAUCAGCAACAACAAUUGGAAAGCGAUGCUGACACAGGACUCGCGUCUAAGUGUUGCGUUAAGGCUUCACAGUGGGCGUGACGCUUGGUGUUGGCGCGAUCGUCCAAACGACAUCUAUCACGUUUUUUGUGCUCAGGACUCACUAAAAGGAGCUGUCCUAACUAACGUGCCAUGCUGGUUGUCAACACAACGCUGAAGAGAAGAAAUCGGGAAAUGAAAUCCACAACCAGAUGAACACACGCCAGGUUCACCAGCUGACAAUGGGAUGUGAUUGUCGGGUCACUUUUUAACUGAAAUUCAAACGGGGGAGGACGUUUGUGUUCGACCUUUCAUAACCGGUUCAAAUUUGAAAUGUACUGUGUAGAAUCCAGUGUCUGAAGUCUUUGUCUCCUGAUCCAGCAGGGGGCGCUCACUGUCAGCUUGUCCUGCUGCUUGUUGAUGAAGUGAGGUUUGAAUUCUGUUGACUUGACCAAUGCUUGAAUUCAAGUGUCUGGUGAAGCAGUUUUAUUGUUUGAACAGAGAUCUCAUCGUUAAUGAUAAUUAAUUCUGAAACAUGGUCUGAUGUAAUAUUAAUGAAUAAAUGUACAUGUUCAACAUAA